UUGGCGUUUGAAAAUGAAAAUAUAAAUAUACAAUGUGAAUCAGAAUUUCCUAUGACGUACUGCGGAUUCGUUCACCCUACUGGGAAGAGAUUUUCAUUUACAGAUCUAUCAGUGAAUGAUGGUAAAUGCGUUCAGAAGAUCAAAGCUACGAAAAGCGAUGACGGUGAAUGGGGCUGUCACAUUGGAAGGAAAUCUAUAAGAUUGGAAACCAUAAAGAAAAUACAAGUACGGAUUGUGAAUCAAGUGGCCGCGGUCGAACCUAAUGUGACUGCUAAACUGAAUAAACCGAUAACACUUACUUGUGCAACGACUAAAGGAUUAGUCCCUUUGAGUUACUGUCGUUUUGAACCACCCAAUGGAAGAUCGUUUAAUAUAGAUUCAUCGGUAACUAGCGAGCGUCCGAUUAUGGAUAAAUACUAUUAUCCGUCAAACAGCAGUUUGGAUAGAGGGGAUUGUGUGGUGACAAUCAAUAAAGUGAAAUAUGAGGAUAUUGGUUUGUGGACAUGCGGCGCCAGCUUGGACGACGGCAAGGAAUAUGUUGAUGUCAUUAAGCUAGAAGUUGAAGGUAUGCAUACUAUGUCAACGGCUUCUGCGACCGGCGUGACAUUAGGAGGUAUUCUGAUAGCCGUAGCUCUAGGCACAUUGGGUUAUAUAGCGUGGAAGAAACGUAGUUUUAUAACCGGUGGUACAAAUCAACAGCAAGAGAUAGAAAUACAUGAAAUGCCUGAACGGGAAAGAGAAAGAGAAUCGUCAGCUAGCCCUAGACCAAGCAGAAUUGUUCCGAGUGUAGUUAUAUAG